UCAGGUAAUUAUUGUAUGAAUAGAAACAAUCAUAUUAUGUUAUACUAAGUUUUCAAUGGCUACAUCACUGGGGAGAAAAUGCCCCUAAGUCGACACCCAGCCCCUCUUCAGGAAUCAAAGUGGGAAAAAAAGCAUCAGAAUCAAGAAAAAAACAUUAAGUCCGUAAAGCCAUUGGUUGCUUACCAGUCGUUUAGUUCAUCUUCUGAUUCUGACUCAAAGCCACUAAGGAAUAAAGUUGAAAAAGUUGUAAAAACAGUGUCGAAAUCUGUGAAGUCCGAUCAGCAUAAAAGUUCACAGAGAACAGUUACAAUCAAAUCAAGCGUUAUUCCAACUACAAGCAAACGCGAGGUCAAGGUUAAGGUUGAGUCAAAAGAACAUAAAAGAUCCAAAGAUAAGAAAGAGUUUCGUUUUAAUUCAAACCACACAAACACAUCCAAACAAAGAAAGGAAAAAUCUAAGGAGUCGUCAACAAGAAGAAAAUCAAGUUCAAGUAAAAGUACUGCAGAUCGCAAUUUUUCCGAUUUUACCUCUGAAAGUGAAGAAAAUUGUGACGCAAUGGACCGACGCCCACACCACCCCUAUGAUGCAAGGGGAUACCCACCAAGAAGUCCGUUUCGAAGGCACAAUGAUGGCUGGGGGCGAUAUGACGGACCCCGUUCACCUCCUCAUGGCUACCCACCCAGAUAUGUACAACGCCCUGCACUUCCUAUUAUUCGAAGAUCUGUGACCCCUCCUCAUUCCCCUCGUUAUCACUCUCCACCAAGCAGAAGAGAGGUCUACAAUGAACCACGAUUCAUGGACCAAGAUCGUAGAUUUGACAAUCAAUCGCCUCACUAUGGUCACCCAAUGCAUUCACCUCGCCAAAAAUCCGGCUUCGGCAGUGGCAACCAGGACAUUGAUAUGCGUCCCGAGACUGCUGCUCUAAAUCCUCAUAUAGAUAUGUUGCAUAAUACGUCACUCAACUCGAAACAAAACAUCACUGCUCAUCCAAGAACAGAUGAACGCAAAUCAAGAGAUAGAUUGCCUCAAGAUGAAAACCAAAGAAAAUCUGCAGCUCGGGACAGAAGUAGCUCUCGUUCGCACAGCCGAAGCAAGCAUAGAAAACAUAAAAAACAUAAACGAAGCAGAUCUUCACACCAUCGGCAUCAUUCCAAACGAUCCAGGUCAAAAAGGCAUUCAAGUUCGAAUUCUUCAGCAGAAAGCACGGAUAGCAACAACGAUGAUCAGCAUUCUGAUAGCUCUCAGACAACCAGAUCAUCGCAAAAGUCGAAAACAGAAGCACUGACUUCAAAUCUUAUGACGGUGAAAGACUUGGCAGCUCAACUUAGCGAAAAUCGUAAAAAGCUUAAAGAAGAAGAAGAAAAAAGUCAUCGGAAAAGAAAACACAAGCAUCAUAAACGAAGAAAGGAUAAGAAAAGAAAAACAAGUCGCAAACGAAAAGCUGAAAGCAGCGAGAGUCACAGUGAAGUUGAGAAUGAAAUACAUUCUGUUCCACUUCCAUCCGAAGCUACUUUAACGCACAACGAGCAAAAUACGAGCAUCAACCAACAAGUUCUGGUUACUGUAAGCAGCAACGAGGUCCCUCAAGCACAAGAUAAUGAAUGGAAAUCUCCUAUCCAAACCCCACCUCUUCCAAACGAUUUACUUGCAGUUGCGAUGGAUGCGCACACCAAGGACGUUGACCAUCGUGUGGCAAUGCAACACGCACAGUCAAUCAAGUUUGAAGAAAUGGCUUCGAAAGUUAAUUCUUCAGUGAAAGAUGAAAUAUCGUCAGCGCUCGAAUCUUCUGCAUUUCCCAACAGAUUGGUCGAACCGGAUCCUCCAGCCGACCAAUCAGCAACGAGCGAUCUACAACCAACCAAUGAUAAAAAACCAGUAAAAGAAGAUGUAGUUCCAACAAAGAAAGGAUUACAUGAUCUUCCUCUUCCUCCGAUCCUUCCAUCUUUAUCAACAACUGAUGAUGAACCUGCGCACACACCCCCACACAGCGAUAAGGAUCAAGUAAAGAAGAAAAGGCCAAAAAUAUGCGGACCAAGAACAAGGGAAGUUGUUCAAACUGAGAAUGACUGGGGUUCAAUGUGUGUAGAUGAAUAUGCAUUCAUAUCUAUCACUGGUGAAGGAACGUUUGGUCAAGUUUAUAAAGCAAGAGAUAAACAUACGGAUGAAAUAUGUGCGCUUAAAAAGGUUCGAUUGGACAACGAAAGGGAAGGUUUUCCGAUCACUGCUGUUCGGGAAAUCAAAAUUCUUCGUCAGUUACAACAUCGGAACAUUGUUUGUUUAAAAGAUGUUUUGACUGACAAGUCAGAUGCAACUGACUUCAGGAAGGAAAAAGAAUGUGCAUUCUAUCUUGUGUUUGAAUACAUGGACCAUGACUUGAUGGGGUUGCUGGAAUCGGGGAUGGUUCAUUUUAAUGAAAACCACAUCAAAUCCUUUAUGAAGCAGCUACUGGAUGGACUUAAUCAUUGUCAUAAGAAAGGGUUUCUACACAGAGACAUCAAAUGUUCAAAUAUUCUGUUGAACAAUAAAGGAGAAAUCAAACUUGCAGAUUUUGGAUUAGCAAGGUUUUUCAACAAAGAUGAACAACGUCCGUACACAAAUCGUGUGAUCACGUUAUGGUAUCGACCGCCUGAACUUUUACUUGGUGAGGAGAUGUACACGCCGUCUAUUGAUAUUUGGAGUUGUGGGUGUAUUUUGGCGGAGCUUUUCACCAAGAAACCAUUGUUUCAAGCUGAUCGUGAGCUUGCACAGCUUGAAUGUAUAAGUCGUGUAUGCGGUUCCCCAUGCCCUGCAGUAUGGCCUGAUGUUAUUAAACUUCCACAUUUUCAUACAAUGAAACCAAAGAGACAACACAGAAGGAAAUUGAGGGAAGAUUUCAGUUACUUACCCACGCUUGCUAUUGAUCUACUCGACCAAAUGUUAACGUUGGAUCCAAGCAAACGUUUCACGGCUGAAGAAGCGCUUAACUGCCCCUGGCUCAAAAAUGUUGACACCAAAAAUAUGACGAUGCCUGAUUUUCCUCAUUGGCAAGAUUGCCACGAAAUGUGGAGCAAAAAGAGACGAAAAGAGAUGAGAGAAACCGCUCGGUUGGCUGAGGGGAAAUCGGCAACAAAUGAUAAAAAACCUGCAGUGAAAAAAGACACCGACCUACGUUCAAAUAAAAGUAGCGACACAUCCAACAACAGUAGCAGCCAGCCUGAAGCAUCUUCGGCUGCUAGUGCUGACAACAAGUCCAGUGAACAAGACGCAUUGGUUCGACUGAUGCAAGAAAAGCCAGAUAUGAACCUUGCCCAACUUGCAAAAGCAUGGAAGAUGCCAAUAGAUGAAGAAAGCGUCAAACUGUUGUCAUCUGUUAAUAUUAAAGUCCUAUUUGCUGCUCUUAGUAAAAAGAAUGUAAAAGAUACAUCAUCAGAAGGCUUGACUGGUCUAUUGGAUCAGCUCCAGAAAACGCUUGGAAAUGCUGUGAAAAAUUCUGCCAAAGAAGAACCACCAACUCAACAAGUUAAUGUUGCACCUCUACCAUCACGACCAGGAUUGCAAGGUCCUUCAUCUCAUGAAACAUCUGAAAGAUCUGUCAUAGCUUCAAGUCAAGGAAAACAUAAAAGAACAACAAAGGAUGGUGAACGUAGGACAGAGGUGCAAAAGAAUGAUCAUGGACAUAAAACAAAUGAAAUACAUGACAAGUUUAAAGUUGAAAAUCAUAAUCCACACCACCAUCAUUCGUCCAGGGCAGGAAAUUUGAAUCAGAGUUCACAUUCUUCCAAUGAAAUGAAACAUCCUAGUGCCUCGUACCAAUCUGCUGAAAGAAGGAGUGAAAAGAGAGAUUCUCGUUCUGACAAACAAUUUUUCUACUCCAACGGCCGACAUAAUAGUUAAGGCAUUCCAUUUGUGUACCGGUCAGUAAUGCGUUCAUGAAACGUGAUGAGGCCUUGCUAGUAAUCUUAAUUUGUAUGCCAGUUCUUUCUCAAUUUGUGUUAGAACAAAUACAACUUUCGCCAACAAGUUGCA